CGAACAUCCCUAAGUUUAGUACAGAGCUUUUAACUCGACUGAGGUAUUGUAUCCUCACCACCCGUUUUCUUCUUCAGAAACAUAAAACAAGAACCAGCUUCACUUUCCCCCACCUUUAAACCUCUUCAAUGGCGAAGACUCUAAUAACUACGCGCCCCUUCUUCUUUUCAUCAAUAAAAGCUAGUAUUUUCCUCAAAUCCUUCCCUCUUUUUUCCCACUCCAACAACAUAUCCUUUUCCUCUCACCCUACACUUUUGCCAAUUAAAAACCAUCCAGAUUCAAGCUUUUUUGGUUCUUCCAACAUUAAUAAAUCAACCAACAAUGUUGAAAAGAAGAACAGAGUUGUUUCGAGAACCAGCUCUGGAAUUUUGGGUCACCGUGGAUUUUCGAUAAAAGCUACCCACGUUAAUGAUCCUGGCUCUAUUGACUCUCCUCUCAUUCAAUCUAUGGAGAAAAAAAUCAAGGAACAUUUGAAUGCAGAAUCAGUCAUUGUAAAAGAUGCAUCUGGAGAUGGCCGGCAUGUUUGCAUUGAUGUCAUUGCUUCAGCAUUCGAUGGACAGUCGGUUGUGAACAGGCAGAGGAUGGUUUACAAAGCCAUAUGGGAGGAGCUACAAAACACAGUGCAUGCAGUAGACCAGAUGACUACUAAAACCCCCCGUGAAGCAGCAGCAAGUCAGAAGUGAUCAUUUAAGACCUGAAAGCCAAAUUCGUUUUCCCUUUCUUAUGAAGGGUGGUUAAUAAGACUUUGUGUUCUUCAUCUCCUUCAUAUUCCAUUGCCUUGAGAACUUAUUGGUAAAAUUUAGACUCUGCUUACACUAGAAAAGGGGAAGACAGUCCCUCCUUUUUUUUUCUCCCACCAAGCUAAGGAUGGAAUUUGUUGCUACACAUUACCAUUGGGCAUUCCUUUAUAAAUUUUUAUUAAAAAAAAAAAACAGCAAUAGGUAUUUCUUUAAA